GACCAGGUACUUCCCCAGUUCUCUUCCCCGUCUUUCCCCUUGGAUCCGGCACCAUCAGAGUAAACCACGCCAAGGGUGUCCAGGAGGAGCACGGCGGCGACGAACUCCUUCGCAAGCAGUCGAGCGGGUCACCAUGCCGGAGGCUUUGCUCCCUCGCCGUCUCCUCCACGAAUCCCCAUCAAUCGCCUCCAUGAAGUCUGGUUUGUAGAUCUAGGAUGGACAACCAGUUCAACUCCGAAGAGUGGUCGCUCCCUGUAGCCUCAGCCAUGAUGGAACUUGAGAAGUACAACCUUACUGGUGCAUUUACUAGAUCAAUGCAUAACAUGGGUGUACCAAUUCAGCCUGUGAACCUUGCUAUUAAUGCAUCAUCUCGUCAUCAUCCCACUGAGGACCCAGAGGUUCAAGAAGUCUACAGGAGUCAAGUCUCAAACAACAAGGGAAAGAAGAAGGUUGCCCAACGAGGAAAGUCAUUCACCAAGGAGGAAGAUAGAGCAAUUUGCUCAGCGUUUUUGCAUGUUAGCACAGAUCCUAUUGUAGGAACUAACCAAUCUGCAUCUGGGUAUUAUACAAGAAUGCAUCGACACUUCAUGGAGAACAUUGGAGUGGGUAGUAAUAGGACUAAGGUUUCCAUAGAAAAUCGGUGGACCACAAUUCAGAAGGCCGUCAAUAAAUUUUGUGGUUUCUUUGCUGCAAUUGAAAGAAGAAAUGAAAGCGGCAAGAAUGAGCAGGACAGGAUUAAUGAUGACAUUCGGAUGUAUGAGGGAACCGAGCCAUGGCAAUUCCAUCACUGUUGGGUGAUUCUUCGAGGAGAGCCGAAGUGGCAUGAGAAGAUGGCGGAGAGUAACACGAGUCAAAAAGUUAACCAAAAGCAUUCCCUUAAUGACUCUGAAAUAGAAAUAAAUUCUAUGCACACCAAUAGUGCAAUCCCUGAACGACCUGAAGGAAGGGACAACGCCAAAAAGAGAUGUCGGGUAAUGGCUGAUACCUCGUCGUCAAGUACAGCUGUGGAAAUGCUACAAAAAAUGCAUGAAAGAGGAGAGAAGAAUGACGAGAAGGAAGACCAGUUGAGGCAAGAAAUGUUCCAGAUGGAAAGAGAGAGGCUCGAGUUGCAAAAGCUGAACUGGGAGAAGAAAUGGGCAAUAAUGGAGUCCAAUGCCAAGUUGCGACAGAAUGAGUAUGAGUUAAAUCAGUGGAAUGCAGAUCUUUUAGUCAUGUCACAGGAUCUUGACAAGUUGGCUCCACCAUUGCGUGCGAUGUACGAGCAAAAACAAAUGGAGAUCAUGAAGAGAAGAGGCAUCAACACCCCUUCAGCUAGUUAAUCCUAAGCUAUUAUAUGAGGGUUGUACGAGACUUGUGUAUGUGAAUUUGUUUCCAGUGAAGUUGUUUGAUUGUUAAGCUUGUUUGAUCAGAUACACCUAUUCGUGUCUCAUGUACCCAGAGUUAAUUUGUUAAGACUUGUGUAUGUGACUGCUUCUGUUGUUCAGUGAAGUUGUUUGAGUGUUAAACUUGUUUGAUCAGAUACA